AUGGAACAAGACUUUCCCGGAAGUAUUGAACUCCGGUGUGCUUUAGGGGAAUCCUAUGAUCAGCAGAGCCAAAACGUGAUACCGCUUAGUUUUGAGCUGGGAGGUAACAUGAUAUCAGCGAGCAUUUUCAAGAAGCAGAAUGCAACUUAUUACUUCAAGGGAAAGGGCAGCAGUGGUGGCAGGCGGGACGUCAGCACCAGCCUGGCGACCCUGCUCAACCCGAAUGCUACCACAGCCGACCGUGCUGUGGUGUGUGGGAUCAUGGAGCAGGAAAACUGCAAGGCCUUCAAGGAGCUGAAGUGUCAAUGUAUGUUCCCCACCCUGCUUCGAGGGCCUAUGGCCACACGACAUCAGCACAGGAAGCUUCACCUGCUGGACAAGGAGGACAAUGGGGUGCUUCCAAUUGGGAGCAUGCACGGGCUGGCCUACACAGACCUGAUCACCAGGUUCAUCUGCUACAUGCUCCUGACUACCGAGUACAAUGGAGACCUGCCCUUUUCUGGGGCACCGACACCAGACGGGGAGUUGGUGGUGAUGGUGUGGAUGUGGCUAGACCUGGUGUCCGUGGGUGCACAUGAGGCCGCACUCUCUGCCCACACAGACCUGCUGACCAGCCAGGUUGUGCAGGGUUGCCAGAGGAGCAAGGCCCCCUGGCUCGUUCCGGGCAUUGGGCAGGUGGCACCCGACCAGAAGUACCUGCUGCAGCAUCUCUGGAGCAGUGUCCGCAUGAAUCUGACACAUGCCAAGGGGAACCAACACGGAGAAAAGAAGGGGGUCAACCAUAGCACUAAGGACGGUCAGGACAGGAAUGCAAUGAUGCAGAAGCUCGCCAUGAAGGUGAACGUGGCAUCCAAGAUGCUAACCAGCCUUUCUGUUGUGGGUGGGAGUGAGGGUGCUGGCGCCAGUCUGUCGGACCUGCGUGGGCUCCAGGCACUUUACAUGCAGAAAUGGUCAGACACUGGGGCAGCAGUGACCACAGCGGCCGCCGGGACAGCUCAGGGUGGUGUGGCAGCAGCUACAGGCAAUUACCCCAUCGACACCCUGGCCAACAUGGCUGGCGUGACAAGCCAGUGUGCAAGCAGCCUGCUGACCCUCAAGGACCGCCAAAGCCUGUACCUGACUUAUACUGACAAGCUGUCUGCCUUUGGCAGCCACGCCUCUCCAGUUGUGCCAAUCGGCCUGUUUAUGGCCAUGGGUGCAUAA